UUGAAUGUAAUUAAUUAUUUUACCUUAUUUCAGAAAUGAUAGCUAUACUAAAAGAAAUUUUGGAUAAUCAAAAGGAAUUUUCGGCAAAGGUACAAAGUUUAGAACAAAAUCAAAAAGUUUUAUUUCAAAAAAUUGUCUCCUUGUAUGAAGGCCAAGAAACGAUCGCAUUUAACCAAGGAUUAAUGAGCCGUCAGCUGGAAGGUAUUGAAAACAAAUCUUUAGAUAAAUCGGGAACUCUGGCACAAAGCUCACUGCCAAGAGAAUGUAAGAUUUCAAUCAAUAACAUAGAGCAGUCGGUGAGUCUCAUGACGGGAGAAUCGAAAGACAGUGCACUCGAUGAGGUUGCAAGCCUUCUCCCUAUACAAUCGCUUGAGGCAAUACUUGAGGUGGAGUAA